UCCAGAGCUGCAGUAUGUCCUGCAGAUGCAACCAUUUUUAUCCGUGAUGCAUGCGAAAGGUCACUCAACGAGAUGUGAGGUUGAGUGGAGUGGUCGCAACCAGAAGGGGGCAGGUCUGACAGUUGGUGAGGAAGUGGAAAUGGUAAAUUCUUACCUCUCACGUGCAGCGACUACCACCAAAUACAUGAAAAAAGCAAGACGCACCGACAUGAUAACGCUUCAUGCUCGUGGUUGGAACAUGGGAAAGGUGAAAGUCUUGCACAGAUACCUAGCCAAAAGAUAUAUCAAGUCUAAGCAGAGGGCAGUUGCUGUGGGCAAGGAACUCCAAAACCUUUUGACAACACUGCAGACAACUCAAGUGGAGAUGAAGCAGUGGGUGAAGGAGGUUGAGGAGUGGGCUGCAUCCAGUCCAAAGUCCACCAAUUGCCAGGACCAACAGGGGCUGCAGCCGGUCAUGGAGGGUCUUGUCCUAAAGAUCAAGCAGCGUAAAGCUGAGCUGUACAGAGACAUAGACAAUAAUAAAGAUCGCAGGCCAAAGCGGGACCUUAUUACGAAGGAGAAACGUAAACUGGAGGAGUCAAUUGCUUCGUACAACAGUCUUGUACCUGACACGGCGGCUGUUGAUACAGCAGAUGCCAUUCUGAGUCAGGAAUUCCCCAUUUGGCCAUGGGAUUCUGCAUCCACAAUCCCCCUCGAGACCAAGAAGGUGGUUUUUGACAAAACCAUGCUGCUGUCUCGAGUCCAGGAAGAGGAUGGGAUUCUCAUUAAGGAGAUGAGGAACCACUGCCGCUACCUGACUGGAUCCUCAAAAGCGGUCAAAAGAGAGAUCCAUCAGAUUGAGGAGGACCUGUCUAAACACAGCUCUCCUCCUCCUAACAUGUCCUUGCAGGCCUAUGAGGGGCUGAAGUGCUUGUUGCUACAAAAGCUACAGGGGUUGACCAAACAGAUGGAUGAGGCCUUCACUACAUACAGGAAUGUAUUGACAGACCCCACUGUGCUUCGGGAAGAGAUUGAAGGCAUAGAGGAGAUGGAGGAGGGGGAGAUUCCAUUGUCCCUUGACGAGACUGACUCUGACAAUGCUGAAUAACGCGUCUCUGCAGGAGGAGAUUGAGCGGAAGGAGGGAUAAUUUGACAAGAUAUGUUGUAAAAAUGUUUAACUGGCCUCAUCGCAUAAUAUAAUCUAUAAAAACAAACUGUUCAAAAUGUUGUGUUGAGCUUGUGAUCUUGUUGUGCAAUU